AUGUCCUCUGCAAUUGAUAAUCUUUUUGGCAAAAUUGACGAGAAAAAAAUAGAAUCCGCAGUGGAUAAACUAUUUAGUUCAUCCUGUGGCCCUAUUAAUAAACUAGAAGUCAAAAGUAAAACCCGUACUGUCCUUCCUGAUUCGAAGAAAAGAGAAAGAGCAGCCGAAGAUGAUCAAGAAGGGCUAGAAGCAAGCAAUUCAGAUGUUUCAGAUGAACAAACAGAAGAAGUAGCGCUUCCCGAAGUUAAAAAGGCCAAGAAAGUUAAAAAGGACGAUGAGAAUGAAGACUUAGAAGCUCGCUAUUAUGCGAAGCUACUAGAUGAAGAGCCUAAGGAUGAUGAUGAUAAACCAAUAGUAACAACGAAGGCUGAUGAACCUUCAGCACCACUGACAUCUGCAGCAAAGAAAGCCGAUUUUAAGGAAGACGAAUUAGAAAAGGCGGAAAGAACUGUUUUCAUCGGUAACAUCUUAAGUACUGUCAUUACAUCUAAAAAGGUGUAUAAAGAAUUCAAAAAACUCUUUGGCACGGAUCCAACAACGAAAGCUGAGGCAUCUGAUGAUGAAAAGGAAGAAGAAAGCUCUAAGAAGAAUGAUAUUAACGCAUUCGCCAUUGAAAGUAUAAGGUUCAGAUCUAUUUCCUUUGAUGAAGCUCUUCCUAGAAAAGUUGCAUUUGUGCAGCAAAAAUUCCAUAAGUCAAGGGACACCGUAAACGCUUACAUCGUCUAUAAGAAUAAGUCUGCUGUAAGACAAAUCUGCUCGAAUUUGAAUGCUGUCGUUUUCCAAGAUCAUCACUUAAGAGUUGACUCAGUUGCUCACCCAGCUCCACAUGACAAGAAGCGCUCAAUCUUCGUAGGUAAUUUGGAUUUUGAAGAAAUAGAAGAAAGCCUUUGGAAACAUUUUGAAUCAUGUGGUGAUAUUGAAUAUGUCCGUAUUAUUAGAGAUUCGAAGACAAAUAUGGGUAAGGGGUUUGCUUAUGUUCAAUUUAAAGAUUUACAAAGUCUGAACAAAGCACUUAUAUUGAACGAAAAGCCUAUGAAGUCUCAAAAACAAGAGGACGAAGAUUCAAAGAAACCAACUAAAAAGGCAAGAAAAUUGCGUGUCUCCAGAUGUAAAAACAUGAAGAAGGGCACUGCUAUUGGGGCUGGCUUAGAUAGAAAUGGUUUGACAGAUUCACAAAGAACCAAAGCCGGUAGAGCUAAGAAAAUUUUAGGUAAGGCCGAUAGAGCCACCUUGGGUCAAGAAAUAACUAUCGAAGGUUUGAGAGCAAAGAAAGGCGAAGGUUCCACUCAUUUGAAGAAGAAGAAACAAAGAUCCGCUACAGGUAGGGUGACGAAAAGAUCGAUAGCAUUCAAGAAAGCUCAAGCUGAAAAGGCCAAGAAAUAG